UUGUUCUGACUCGGAACAGUUGGUUGAUCACAAAGUAAACAGAGGAAGGAGAGGACUACAACCUCACCACGUAACGUUUAUCCAGUCAGUAGCUUGCUGAAAGUCGACCCGUCCUCGUGCUCCCCAUCUUAAACUGGCCCUUCGCACGCCACAUCAAUAUUUUCGAUACCGCACACCACACUGCCGUGACAAUUUCAUCAUUUAAGAAAAUUCUUGGAUCUCCUCUAAAAUUUUAUUUCUGACGUGCCGAAUUUUUUUCGACACGUUACCUUAGGUUUUUUCCUCCGCCCACCACUGCCUCGCCGAAAUUUCGAAUUCUAAACAACCUACCUGCACUGAAAAAAACUGGACCAAAUAUAGCUUGUCCCAUUUUCGCUACCGUAUUGUUCUUACAUCAAAUUUAACUGAUUUUACGAAAAGGUUUUGCGAGAGUUGUCGUGACACUUCGGGAUAGGGAUAAUGUUUACAAUAUCAAGAAUAAAGAAGAAGAAACAAGAGGUUCAAAUAACAACUGGAGCUGUUACAACGAACGCUUUGGAUUGAAGCGUGACUGAGGAUGUUGUGCAGUAACUCUAAUAGCAUUCAUAUGAUUACUCCGACAGAUGAAUGGUUUGAGCUUGAACUAGAACGACCGACUGGAAGAUGCCCGGUCGCUGGGAGUCCUCGGGCAGACCGCUGUUCGUCCGGACCGUCUGGAUCAAGGGGAUCCGCCACGUGGUGCUCUCCAAGAACGACCCCCUCCUCCGCGAGAUGGUGCAGGACAUCCCGUUCCGCGCGGGCCACGUCUCCGCGCCGACCUCCGAGCCCGCGAUCUCCGCGCCGUCGAUGACAUCGGCUUGCUCCUCGGCGCUCACCUCGUCCACCGAGCCGCUCCCCGAGUCCUUGCUGAACCGGUGCCAGAAAAUCGAGCAAGAGCCGGUCGACGAAGAGGACUCUCCCAAAACGAACAAGGUCAAAAAGUAUUCCUUGCUCGGACGAACGCGGUGGGGCGAGUCGGCGCGGGGCCGGCAGCUCUUCCUUCCGAUCGACGAGGCGCCAGCGACGGUGGAGCUGAACCCGCUCUCGGACCGCGUCAUGAAGUGGCUGGACCUGUCGGGGAAGAGCCUCCUGGAGACGACGAUGGUCGACGAGCAGGAGAAGGGGAAGCGGUGGCGGGGCGGGAGACACGUGAAGAAGUUCGUCAAGAACCGGAGCGCGAGCUUGAACAUUAUCAACACGCAGUACGACAUGACGUUGACGGCCGACAUGAGGAUCGAAGGCAAUCCCCAGCAGAAGCACCAUCAGACGAUCCAAUUCGAACGGAACGAGUCGGAGAAGGAUAUAGGCGCCAAGAUGGGCAGGGUCUACGAACUGAAAAGGAGCAACUCCGUCAUCCCGCUCCCCGUCUCGCCCGAUUGUCCCGAGCCGUGUCGACCGACCACGACCGACGUUGUGACGAAAACCAAGCUUCACGUUUUUGUUCCGCUCAUCACUGAGAUCGACUCCCUCUCCGAAGAAAACGAGGGGUAUUUUUAAGUGUGCUUUAGGGAUCCUAUACUGCCGUGCUAAGGAAAAACGCCGUACAGGGUUGUUACAGAAUUUAGAAAAUGAA